GGGAGAGAAGGAGGAAAAGGGAGGGCGGGAGAGCGCUAAAGCAUAGAGAGAGGAUAGUUUCCUGAUCCUAGUGUGGGAGCAGCAACUAGUGACAGCCUUUGUGUGGAUAGAGCCAGGAGCUCAGGGCUAACCCUGUUGUGUGAGAGUGAACCGUACAGAGGACAUCUACAACCCUCCUUGGAUUUAGCUUCAGGGAUGGUGCUUGGUCAUCAAGUCAAGUGAGGGUAUUAGGGAUGGGUGGUGCAGACUCGACAAACCGGCUUCGUUGUUAACGCUUGUGGGUGUGCAGAGGAGAGUCCUUGGGAUUAAGGGCUGAAGGAAGGCGUUUGGCUGGCUGGUGGCUAUCUUUACAGAGAACAAGGAGGUGAGAUCUCAUUGUCUGUGGCUGUACAAUACGCUAUGUUUCUCUGCAUCAUCACAUUGCAACAAAGCUUGGACCCCACUACUGAGGAUGGGGAGGUGUGUGUGGUGGGGGGUGACCUCCAGAUUUCAGGAGAGUGACCUGGUGCACUUGAUAGGUUUACAGAGCAACCCAUUUUGAGGAGAAGUGCAUUCUGAAAAUAUUGUAGAUAACAAAUUCAGAGGAAAAACAUAAGUCUGCAAUACUGCACAGGGUCUUUAAAUGCCUGAGGUGAGUCCCUUCGACUGCUGGAGGGAGAGAGAGAGGUGUAAGUAUCUUAUUAUAAAAUAUCCAGUGGUUUUACUUAGGGAGAUAAGUCUAGGUGUAAUGAUGUAUAGUACAACAGUAUCAUAAUAUUUUCACAUCUUUGGAUGGGAUGACAUGGGAAACAUUGGUUUGCAGCACCUGCUGUAAGAACAGCUAUCACCUUUAUUGAUGCAUGUGGUCUGUCAUGCUCUCAUAAAGUCUGGGAAAUGUCAUGUGUGGGCAUAUUUUGUUGCAAUGUUAUGUGGUGCAUUUUGAAAUGUAAAACUUAAUUGCUGGUCAUAAAAUUAUGCAGAUUAAUUUUCAUUCUCACAGUAUUGUCUGACUCUUAUGUUUGAUCAAGCAGAACUGACUAUUGCACAGUAGUCAAAGCUCUUGUCCCUGACUAAAUACAUUUACCACCCUUAUUACUUUAAAUACAAACACAACUAAUCUACUAGUUGAAUAUAGUUAUAGAUAUUAAUAUUAAAAGUGACACACACAUGCACUAUUAACACUUCGCUGUUGCCGCUGCAACACAUGUUGUCAGUAGUUUUUACAUGCUUUCUUGCUGCAGUGGGGCAGUGAUGUUUGCAACAUACGUCCCAGAAACCAGGAUAGAGGUUUCGAUUGAGUAAUGUCCUUGGUGUGGGAGUAUGGAGUCAGCCACUGACUAGGGUUCCCUUCAGCCAAACAAUCCAUGCGCUGUUCUCUGUUCUCAUACUGACUGUAGAUCAGAGGUUUCUCUCUGCUGGGGUCUAUUCAUAAGACCACUCCAUCUAUGGGCGUCCUUCUCCCCAUAGCCUUGUGAAUUAUUCAUCAGAGUUGCGUCCCAAAUGGCACCCUAUGCCCUAUAUAGUGCACUACUCUAUGGGCCUAUGGUCUCUGUUCAAAAGUAGUGCACUAUAUAGGGAAUGAGGUGCCAUUUGGGACACAGCCCAGGAAUGAUCCUCCCUGGAGUGUGAGAGCUAGAAGUUCAAUACGCCCCCUCAAAGAGCACGCUGAUACCACCUUCAUUUACCAGAAUGUUUGCAUUCAGCUACAGCCAUUAGUUUUUUUGAUAAGCGUUCUUUGAAUGAAGCCCUUUGACCACAGUGUAGGUGUGUCUUUAGAAUUAAAAGGUCCACCUAGUUGGGAGCCAUUUUGAUUUGUUAAUCAUUAAUGAGGAGCAUUUACGAUGUUUCAUGCCUGAGCUGAUAGUCAUCCUGUGUUAGGAUGUGUUUAUGGUUUCUGCCUGCCUUGCCCAGCUCAUGGUGGACUGAAGUCAGUCUGUACUGCAUGUCUGGAUCUGCCACACACUUCUGAGGAAUGUAACACACUCAGGUAGCCUAUGGCAGAACAGUCAACUGCGAGCAUGCAUGGAACUGCCGCCAGGUGUACGUGUGUGUGUGUGUUUGGACUGCACAUAUACACUCACCGGACAGUUUAUUAGGUACACCAGCCCGUUCAUGAAAAUGGAUAUAUAAAGCAGGCAGACAGGCAUCAAGGCAUUCAGUUACUGUUCGAUUGAACGUUAGAAUGGGCAAAAUUAGUGACCUUGAUGAUCGUCGGUGCCAUGCGCCCUGGAUCCUGUAUCUCAGAAAUGGACGCCCUCCUGGGCUUUUAACGCACCACAGUGUCUAGGGUUUACAGAGAAUGGGCGAAAACAGCUCGUUGAUGAGAGAGAUCGAAGGAGAAUGGCAAGAAUCGUGCAAGCUAACAGGCGGGCCACAAACAGACAAAUAAGGGCGCAGUUCAACAGUGGUGUGCAGAACGGCAUCUUGGAACUCACAACUCGUUGAUCCUUGUCAUGGAUGGGCUAUGGCAGCAGACGACCACAACGGGUUCCACUCCUAUCAGCUAAAAACUACAAGAAGCGGCUCCAGUGGGCACGCGAUCACCAACACUGGACAACUGAAGAGUGGAAAAACAUUGUCUGGAACUUGACAGCGAGUUCAGUUAACUUGAGUGGCCUGCGCAGUCCCCAGACCUCAACCCAAUAGAGCAUCUUUGAGAUGAGAUGGAACGGGCUGUUCGCAGCAUGAAUGUACCGCCUUCCAAUCUGCAGCAACUGCGUGAUGCUAUCGCGUCAGCAUGGACCAACAUCCCUGUGGAAUGUUUCUGACACCGUGUAGAAUGCCCUAGAAGAAUUCAGGCUGUUCUGGAGGCAAAGGGGCGUCCGACCCGGUACUAGAUGUCCGGGGAGUCUCCACAUAGGCCGUCUUGAUAAGUGUAGGUUUGAGGUUGAGAGAGGUGACGUGUCAAAACUAUUACAGACCAUGUGACUGAGUUGUUCAGUGUUUAGUCAUCAUGACAUGCAGCAACAAGCGUUCAGGAAGUUGUUUACUGGAUAGUUAACCCUGGCAAACUAUGUUACCAUAAGUUAGUGAUGUCACAUUUAUGGAUAUUUACAAGAAAAACAAGCUUGUAUGCUGAGACUUUCAAAAAGCUCAUUAUGAAACCCAAAAGUCCAAUGGCCUCAAAAAUCUAUAUCGGAGCAAAUCUGAUAUUUACAUUUUGUCACAUCGUAUCAGGUUAAAAAAUGUUCUCAGUGAUUGUACAUUCAAUGGGUUGAUUUGUUUUUACAGAGAGGCUGAUGUGAACACCAAUGGCUUCUCUACCCCCCCUCAUCCCUCCAACCUCAGGUGAGUUUCUACUAUCUUCAGUAUCAGUAUGUGCUGUAUAUUUCUGCCUUACAAAGAGGAUAUUUAGGAAAAAUCUUAUUAAAACACAGUCAUAAAAAAAGUUAGAGUUAUGAGAACUGUUCAGUAACAACUCCAUUUAUAUACAAUUACAAAGCAAUUAGUACUAUGUAACCACAAUGAAGCAGAGGUGGGAGAUAAGUGUAUAUUCAUGUACUGUAUAUUUAUGUGUGGUAAAGGAUUUGUGAAUAUAUUUGUGCUUCCUCAAGCAGAAGUUCCAUCUGAGAAGCAUUCCUUACAAACCCAAUUUGGUAACAAUGUGGAGACAGACAGUGACUUAAAUUAGGUCAGCAGCCACACAGUGACAUAGCAGCAGCAGCAACAGUACUAGUGUUACGUGGGACCUGAGGAAUCUGUACACUCAAACAUUAAACAAGGAACCUGUCCCAGACAAACAGAGAGUGCAGUGCUGUCAUUGACUUCACUGAGAUAACGUCCUGGCAGCUAAGGCUUCAGGCUACGGUUUGGAGCUACCUAAUCCCUUCAGGGCUAGGGGAAAAGGUGAGAGCUCCCGGUAUGGGGCCUUAGCCUACUGACCAUAUGCUGCGUCAGAAGGAAUCCUGCUGCCACCCGGGCCAUAUGUCAUGCCUUAUACCCUCCAAACGAAUCCACCUGCUAAGAAUAGGCCAAUGGGCAGUUAACAUGCACUAGCCAGAGCAAUGUUAGGCCCUGACAUGACAUGCUUCUCUUUUAGGUAGGUCCAUUGCUCCUAUAGUUUUUGUGGCAUGAAAGAGGAUGGCCAUCAACUUAGCAUCAAUGUACCUGUUAAAGUUUAAUAAUUUUUUAGGCAGGGUAAGGUUUAAUGGAGCAGAAUAACAGUGCGUGGCGUGUCAGUUAGCCACUGUCAUCUACAGGGCCAAGAGUCCUGGGAUUUAUAUGGCUAAGUUACUGAUUGAUGUCAGGUAAGUGAGCAAGGUGACGUUAUUCCUACGCUCCUUAAAGCCAAAUGCUCCCGUAUGUUAAGGUUUAGUCAUGCCCUUCGACUGUUUUCCUUAUUAGACUUGGCACCACUAUGACCUAUAAUCCGCUAGACCUAUAGCGGCUAGACAAGGGGCACUCAAAUACUAUUUGAGAAGGACCAGUCACACAAAUUUCCUCGGUGCCAAAGGUCUGCAUGGAUAUUGUCAUUUAUCGGCGUAGUAACCCCCCCCCACCCCACCCCCUCAGCAACCUGCACCACGUCUAUUUCUAUGGCCACAAGCACGGUCCAUGACACAAACUGUUCACACCCCUCUUGUUGGCAGAGACAAAGUUGAGCAUGUUUAAAGCUUAUUUCCUGCAAUUCUACACAUUUUGCCAUGUCUUAUGUGUGUCAAACAUUACAGCAAAAUCAAUGGGCUACAAAACCUAGCUUAAUUAUGACAGUUGAUCAACUAACCCAUGUCAGCUAACUUUUUUAAUUAGCAUUCUAAGGUCUGCAAUGACUGACAUAACAAGAGGAAAACUGCUGAUGCACUACCAAAUUUCAAAAUUGCAACUUGUGCAUUCUACUAUUACAACUUUCAACAGUAAGUUGAAAGCCCGACUGAGUUUCUUAAUUGCUCAGUGCAGUCAAAAAACAUGAUUUUCCUGUGUUGUAUAUAUGAAGAGUUUAUUUCCAAAAUGCUAUAUCCACCAAUUUUUCACGUUUGUGUUUUUUCAAUAGAAAUUAUUUUAUGGGUACCUUCGUGUGUGUGUGUGUGUGUGUGUGUGUGUGUAUAAAAUAUGACUGUUCUCAGAUCUUAAUUCAUAGAUUUUAGAUGUGUAUUGGAAUGGAAUGGAAUAUUCGUAUACUGUAUAUUUGACUGUGAUUAUGUGGUUGUUUCACCUAGCUAUUUUAAGCUGAAUGCACUAACUGUAAGUCGCUCUGGAUAAGAGCAUCUGCUAAAUGACUAAAAUGUCAAAUAUAAAUGUUUUCCAUACAGAUCUCAUGUUACUGUAUUGAUUAAUUUUUGAAUUAAAAAAAAAUAUAUAUAUAUUGAUGUCACAAAUGUAUCAUUAGUUGUUUAUUAAAAAUGUAGUUAUUUGUUGCGUUUGACGGUGUAAAACCUAGCAGUACUACUUAUUUAUCUGAGAGUGAGGCAGAUAUAUACAGUGCCUUCAGAAAGUAUUCACACCUCUUGACUUUUUCCACAUUUUGUUGGUGUUACAGCCAGAAUUUAAAAUUGAUUAAAUUGAGAUUUUGCGUGACCGGCCUACACACAACACAAAAAGUAUGUUUUUAGAUUUUUUUUACAAAUUAAUAAAAAUUAAAAGGUGAAAUGUCUUGAGUCAAUAAGUAUUCAACCCCUUUGUUAUGGCAAGCCUAAAUAAGUUCUGGAGUAAAGCAUUUGCUUAGCAAAUCACUUAAUAAGUCGCAUGGACUCACUCUGUGUGCAAUAAUAGUGUUUAACAUGAAUUUUCUAUGAAUACAUAAUCUCUACCCCACACAUACAAUUAUCUGUAAGGUCCCUCAGUCUAGCAGUGAAUUUCAAACACCGGUUCAACCACAAAGACCAGGGAGGUUUUCCAAUGCCUUACAAAAAAAAGCAGACAUUGAAUAUCCCUUUGAACAUGGUGAAGUUAUUAAUUACACUUUGGAUGGUGUGUCAAUACACCCAGUCACUACAAAGAUACAGGCGUCCUUCCUAACUCAGUUGCCGGAGAGGAAGGAAACCACUCAGGGAUUUCAGCAUGAUGCCAAUGGUGACUUUAAAACAGUUACAGAGUUGAAUGGCUGUAAUAGGAGAAAACUGAGGAUGGAUCAACAACAUUGUAGUUACUCCACAAUACUAACCUAAAUGACAGAGUGAAAAGAAGGAAGCCUGUACAGAAUACAAAUAUUACAAAACAUGCAUCCUGUUUUCAAUAAGGCACUAAAGUAAAACUGCAAAGGAUUUGUGGCAAAGAAAUUAACUUCAUGUCCUGAAUACAAGCGUUAUGUUUGGUACUCAGUGAUGUGUUGGAUUUGCCCCAAUCUUCAUAUUUUCAAGCAUGGUGGUGGCUGCAUCAUGUUAUGGGUAUGCUUGUCAUUGGCAAGGACUAGGGAGUUUUUUAGGAUGAAAAGAAACGGAAUAGACCUAAGCAUAGCCAAAAUCCUAGAGGAAAACCUAGUUCAGUCUUACCAACAGACACUGGGAGACAAAUUCACCUUUCAACAGUACAAUAACCUAAAACACAAGGCCAAAUAUAUGCUGGCGUUGCUUACCAAGACGGCAUUGAAAGUUCCUGAGUGGCCUAAUUACAGUUGACUUAAAUCGGCUUGAAAAUCUAUGGCAAGACUUGAAAAUGGCUAUAUAGCCACGAUUAAAAACCAAUUUGACUGAUUUUGAAGAAUUUCUAAAAGAAUAAUGUGCAAACAUUGUACAAUCCAGGUUUGCAAAGCUCUUAGAGACUUACCCAGAAAGACUCACAGCUGUAAUCGCUGCCAAAGGUGAUUGAUUCUAACAUGUAUUGACUCAGGGGGUUGAGUACUUAUGUAAUCAAGAGAUAUUAGUGUUUUAUUUUUCAUACAUUUUGUACAAAUGUUAGAUUAUUCUUUUGACAUUACAGAGUAUUUUGUGUAGAUCGUUGACAAAAUCCAUUUUAAUCCCACCUUGUAACACAACAAAAUGUGGAUGGCACUGUAGCGUUUUGCAAAACAUUUUUUAAAAUUAUUUGUCUCUUUGAAAUGAAACAAUCAAGUUAUAUAUUUCAAACAAAUACAUUUCAAACAAAUACAUGUCUGUUAUUAAGCAAUCCCAUGCCAUGAUUAGAAAGUGAAAAAAACACACCAAUCUCUUUCGUAAGUUCUUUAAACAAUAAAAGCAAAAAAUUUAUAUAUAGCGUUUUGGAUUGAAACUCUGUGUAAUAACUCUGAAUAAUACUGUGAAAUUGUGAAAAUGAUGUUAAUGCCCUUUCAGUGUAAAAGCUGUUUGAAAAGGUCACCUGAAAUUUCAGCCUGUUUUGGUGGGAUGGAGUUUUUGCCUUCCAUGGUGACAUAUCCAUGCAGUAAAUUAGUUAACAAACCAAUAAGAAAGAGCGUUCCAAACCUCUCUGCAAAUAACAGGUACUUUUUUGUUUCUCCCUCCCCACUCAGACCACUCCUAGAAAGUCCUAGCAAAAUUUUUCUUGAGAAAUUGCCCUUUGCGAAGACACAGUUGUAAGGUACUUAACUGUUACCCAGAAAUGAUUUGAUAUUGAGAUAAAAAUGGCUGCAUUGGACCUUUUUUAAAGGAGCAGUGCAGUUAAAAACUUGAUAAAAAAGAUAUUUCCACACUGAGGUCGAAACAACACUGAAAUUGAGGUAGUAUGGAACUUUUGUCCCACAUCAUGACAUCCCAAUGUGAUCUGAUUAUAAUAGACCAAUUACCUUUUCAUCUGCGUAAGGGGGUGGGCUCUAGGCCAUCCUUUCAGCCAAUCAUGGCUGUGUAAAUAUCUUCACAUUUGUUUCAUUACGCCCACACGAUCAGACUGAGCUUUUCAAGGACCAAAGGAGGCUCGGAAAUAAAUUAUAAAAAAUAUAUUUUUGAGUUAUUUUCAUUAAAUUAAGACACACAGUGAUAAUUCUUUUACAUACAGUGGGGAAAAAAAGUAUUUAGUCAGCCACCAAUUGUGCAAGUUCUCCCACUUAAAAAGAUGAGAGAGGCCUGUAAUUUUCAUCAUAGGUACACGUCAAAUAUGACAGACAAAUUGAGAAUUUUUUUUCUCCAGAAAAUCACAUUUUAGGAUUGUUAAUGAAUUUAUUUGCAAAUUAUCUUUUUAAGUGGGAGAACUUGCACAAUUGGUGGCUGACUAAAUACUUUUUUCCCCCACUGUACAGUGAUGAUUUAAAAAUAAAAUUACAAAGACUGCCAGGAGGCUUAAAAAAUCAAAUGUUUUUUGUGUUUUUUUGGUCGGGACCCGCGGUCCACAUUGACCCCGUUCUGGGUCCGGAUGCAAACUGCAGUGGUCUGCCUAUUGAGUAUGGCUGGACUAGACCAUUGUGUUUAAUGUGGUAGUCACCUACCCUGUUGCUGGAGUGCUACAGUACCAGGGGUACAGGCUUUUGUUCCAACCCAUUAUUAAAACAUUGAUUACAGUAUAUAAAUCACCUACAGUACAUUUAUAUAAUCAGCCAUCAAGAAGGACUAUCCUUAGCCAACCAAUCAAACAAUUAUAUCCAAGAUAUUCUUGCCCAGUUACUUGACUGCAAUCUGUCCAUUCUAACUAGGUUGAAGUGAAAAUUCUGAAACACGGUUGAUAAGACCAGUUCUCAAGAAUAGUUGUUGGUACGAAAAGGGCUUGUAUGUGUUUCUUGGAGCUUAUGUCUUCAGUUUCUCAUAACUAGUCACAUUUCUCUUUAUAUGAUGUUGACCAUGAGCUGGUGGAGUAUUGUGUCGGCAUGCUCAUUAUGAUUCAAUUUAGAGUGCGAGACAGAGUAGUGUUUAUUUUUUCUGUAUGUUUGAGAACAAAAAGAACCAGAACUUUGGUCAACAAUACACACAGUUACUCAUACUGUAAAUAGCCCAUCUUUUGUCUGCUAGUUCUUGUAUAAUUUCCAUAAAUGUAACCAGUAAUGAAUUCAAAGUUAUAUUUCUCUCCAAUAUUACAAUGCCUAUGGUUCUGGAGAUGGCUGAUGGCUGUUAUGAUGAUGGCACACGAGGCAAUAACAGUAACAUAUCAACCCUUUCUAUAGCACUACAGCAUGUGGUCCUCUGUAGCUCAGCUGGUAGAGCACGGCGCUUGUAACGCCAAGGUAGUGGGUUCGAUCCCCGGGACCACCUAUACACAAAAAAAAAUGAAUGCACGCAUGACUGUAAGUCGCUUUGGAUAAAAGCGUCUGCUAAAUGGCAUAUUAUUAUAUUAUAUGUUUCCAUUUCUCUUAGCAGAGUGGUAUCCUAAAACAUUGAACAAAACCAGUUCUUGGGAGCUGCAUGGUCAACAUAGUCUCAUUAUAAUAUGUACAGUGCAUUUGGAAAGUAUUCAGACCCCUUGACGUUUUCCACAUUUUGAUAAGUUACAGCCUUAUUCUAAAAUGGAUUACAUUGUUUCCCCCCCCCAUCAAUCUACACACAAUACCCCAUAAUGACAAAGCAAAAACAGGUUUUUAUAAAUGUUUGCAAAGGUAUUCAAAAUAGUAUUCAGACCCUUUUACUCAGUACUUUGUUAAAGCACCUUUGGCAGCGAUUACAGCCUUGAGUCUUCUUGGGUAUGACUCUACAAGCUUGGCACACCUGUAUUUGGGGAGUUUCUCCCAUUCUUCUCUGCAGAUCCUCUCAAGCUCUGUCAGGUUGGAUGGGGAGCGUCGCUGCACAGCUAUUUUCAGGUCUCUCCCAGAGAUGUUAGAUCGGGUUCAAGUCCGGGCUCUGGCUGGGCCACUCAAGGACAUUCAGAGACUUGUCCCGAAGCCACUCCUGUAUUGUCUUGGCUGUGUGCUUAGGGUCGUUGUCAUGUUGGAAGGUGAACCUUCGCCCCAGUCUGAGGUCCUGAGCGCUCUGGAGCAGGUUUUCAUCAAGGAUCUCUCUGUACUUUACUCUGUUCAUCUUUCCCUCGAUCCUGACUAGUCUCCCAGUCCCUGCCGCUGAAAAACAUCCCCACAGCAUGAUGCUACCACCACCAUGCUUCACCGGAGGGAUGGUGCCAGGUUUCCUCCAGACGUGACGCUUGGCAUUCAGGCCAAAGAGUUCAAUCUUGGUUUAAUCAGACCAGAGAAUCUUGUUUCUCAUGGUCUGAGAGUCCUUUAGGUGCCUUUUGGCAAACUCCAAGCGGGCUGUCAUGUGCGUUUUACUGAGGAGUGGCUUCCGUCUGGCCGAGUGCUGUAGAGAUGGUUGUCCUUCUGAGGGUUCUCCCAUCUCCACAGAGGAACUCUGGAGCUUUGUCAGAGUGACCAUUGGGUUCUUGGUCACCUCCCUCACCAAGGCCCUUCUCCCCUGAUUGCUCAGUUUGACCUGGCGGCCAGCUCUAGGAAGAGUAUUGGUGGUUCCAAACUUAUUUCAUUUAAGAAUGAUGGAGGCCACUGUGUUCUUGGGGACUUUCAAUGCUGCAGAACGUUUUUGGUACCCUCCCCAGAUCUGUGCCUCGACAAAAUCCUGUCUCGGAGCUCUACGGACAAUUCCUUCGACCUCUUGGCUUGGUUUUUGCUCUGACAUGCACUGUCAACUGUGGGACCUUAUAUUGACAGAUGUGUGCCUUUCCAAAUCCUGUCCAAUCAAUUUAAUUUUCCCCAGGUGGACUCCAAUCAAGUUGUAGAAGUAUCUCAAGGAUGAUCAAUGGAAACAGGAUGCACCUGAGCUCAAUUUCGAGUCUCAUAGCAAAGGGUCUGAAUACUUAUGUAAAUUAGUUAUUUCUGUUUUGUUAUUAUUAAUACAUUUGCAAACAUUUCUAAGAACUUGUUUUUACUUUGUCGUUAUGGGGUAUUGUGUGUAGAUUAUAUUUAAUCCAUUUUAGAAUAAGGCUGUAACGUAACAAUGUGGGAAAAGGGAAGGGGUCUGAAUACUUUCUGAAUGCACUGUAUACUGUAAAUGCUGUUGCAAACCUCAAUCUUCCCAGUACUCUGCCUUAGUGUGAGAAGACCUCAUUUAGACCUACAGUAUUUGUUGAGAGAAAUGGCUGAUCAGUAUCAGAUAAGCUGGUAGUCAACAGUACACUGACAACAUAUGAGAUCACUGCAGUGUUUUGGAAAUAAUGUGUUGUCUCAGGUACGACUUAAGAUGCAUUGUGUAAUUGUAAUUUAUUACAGCACAUAUCUCAUUUUAUUUAACUUUCUCCCCUCAUGUUUCCAGUGCCUAUGUCCAACAGGGCCUCUAAGAUGGAGGAUGAUGAGGAAGAGGAAGGUAUGAAGUUUGACUUUGACAACAGUGACGAAGAGCGCGGUACGACACCAGCAAACUCUGUCUCUGCCAUGGCCAAGGGCUUUGAAGCCACUGUGAUGGCGGGGCUUGCAUUAAAAAGGAACACAAUGGGCCCUAGUUCUGCCCAAGACCCAGCAGUAAAGCCAAGGCUCAACGGAGGGCCGUCUGCUGGAAAGGAGGACCAGAGCAUGCACUCACUCCCUCAUUCCAAUAGCUCAGGUGAGUCUGUCUCAGCAUAGUCAUGGUCCCAUUGGAUCUCAUUCAUAAUUGCUAGGGUGAGCUCUGCCAUGCUAUCGUAGAUAAGCUGGUAGAAUGAGACUACUAUGACCUGCAUUGUUUUUACCUAGGUAAUAAGUUAGUCUAAACGGGUGUGUUUUGUUUUCCACAGAGAUGGUGGGAAGAAGGUCUCCUGAGGGGUAGGAUAUUUACCUUUUAAUUUUAUAAUGACUUAUGAUUAAACUGUAUAGACGAAACCCAUUCAUAUAUGAGAGAGCAGAAGUUUAACAGUAGCAGAUGUUCUCAUAAGUUACUAGACAUCAUUAACUCUGAGGAGAAUCUAGUCACUGUUACUGCUCAAUGUCACUAACACUACUGAACAACUUAGCUAUACAAUGUUAUACAGUACACCAAAAUGUCCACUGUAAUGUUAUACUAUAUACCACAAUGUCCACUGUAAUGUUAUGGUAUAUACGACAAUGUCCACUGUAUUGUCUGCUGUGACAUCAAUUACUGCUCAAAUUACAUCUCUCCUUAAUUAACCAUCCAUGUCAGCAGUGUCACUCCCAAAUGUUUUGAUGCCCAUAUUUGUUGUCCAUUUUUCAGUCGCUCUGAGCUGGGAGUGUCAGGACAUACAGAGGGCUCUGGGAGAAGAAAUAGCAUUUAUGAAGGUAAGGGACAGUCUUGACCGCUUUCAGUUCAAAUUGUAGGUCCAAGGUCCACUGUACAUGUACUGUAAAAUAUGAUUACACUCAGAAGUAACAUCUGACUUUUCCUUGUUGUUUUAUGGUCUAUUGAGACAAAACUUUCCCUGGCAAUUUGGCAUUGUGUGAUACAAUGCCAUAAGCCAGUACACAUUGUAAUGUUCUAGCCUUAUCUCUGUCAAUGCCAUCUCCAGCAGGAUCUAUGAAUGAGUGCUACUACACCCCUGUCUUAAAAAAGGCUGACCGCAUAAACACUCAGACAGGUCUGUGACCAUCUUACAGCAGGGCUGUGGUGUCACACAUUGUGCACUCCCCUACUUUUACAAUCAUACUGAGUCACAAGCAGCACAUACACAAUCACAGCAUGUGACAUCAGCACUGCAUGGGACACUAGCCCAGAAUCACACUGAACCAAUCAAACCAGGACUAAUCAGAUCCUUAUCGAUCCAAUGGAAAUGGAUGCCUUAUCAAUCAAAUACAGUCAAAUCAAGGCUGUAUCAAUCAAGUACAGAGUAAUCAUUGCUCUAAAACAGAGACAUCUAUUUGAGUAUAAUAGUACAUGAUAGGCUACAGAUCCCACUAAGUGCAUAGGCAGAGUCUCUCUCUCAGCUUUGUGUGUGUGUGUGUUUAUGAGAGAUCUCAGUUGCAUGUGUGAUCUCAGCUGUGCGUGUGUGUAUGUGUGUGUGUGUGUAUGAGAUGUCCAGGUUCCACGUGUGUGUGAUCUCAGUGGUGUGUGUGUCCUCACAGCAGUGUGUGCAUUAUUUGUUCAGUUCAGGCACCGUACGGAGCCACCUCAGCCAAGGAGUGGUUCAGUGUGGUCUCAGAGCUCACUCUGCGACUGCAUAAAGGUAUAUUAAACACCAGACUAGUCUAGUCUAGCCACCCUGUACGUGACCCACAGUCUAAGCUCCUCUAGUAUAAGCCACCUGUCACUAUUAGGGCUGCAAAAUUCCGGGAACUUUCAAUAAAUUCCCUGAAUUCUCCAACCAGGAUUCUGGAAAACCAGGGAAUUUAUUGAAAGUUCCUGGAAUUUUGCAACCCUAGUCACUAUCACCUCAACCUCAACCCUACCCAGCGUAGCAAAAUCCUACCCAAUGCAGGCCUAGCAAAAUUCAUUUAGAAAAUAAUUCAGCAUUUUUAUUUAAAAUAUUAGGAAAUUGGGAAUUCGUCUUUCUUGGUCAUGCUUUUAAUUUCCUAGAAAUACCUAGUUAUACAGGGAAGUGUGGGUAAAAGUUCAUAGAAAAUAGACAUUGCAUUGUGCAAACCUCAUUAUUGUAUAUUAGACAUAUUACACCCCUUGGCAAACUGAAUACUCCCUGAUUAUAAAUACAAAACACGCAAGUACUGUAGAGCUAGAGAUAGAACUGGAUUUCUUACAGGGGCCAGAGAUCUGUCACUUUACCAUUCAGCCACUUUCACCUCUGUAAUAGGAGUGUAUUUAUUGACCAUGCUAUAUUGACCAGGACAUGAAUCCUAUUCUUCAGCGAUAGGGGAUACAUUUCCACACGGAAACAGGCUUUCUCUCAACGCUGAGAGGGCCAUAGCUAAUUUGCCCCACACUAAUCAGACUCGUAGGGAUGGUUGAGAUGUUCACCGACUCCCGUCUCUAAUGCUCUUGUUGCCGGGCAGAAAUGCCUGUGCAAUGCCGCUGCCUUAGGUCACCCUGCAGAUUCCUGCCGGCAUAAACACUUUCCCUCAGACACCUCGCUUUGGUAUGUGACGUCCUCAAUGAUGAUGAUGUACCGUGAUUGCAUACUCUGCAGAAAGCAGCCCACAAUACCCAUUGCAGAGGAAAAUCCAGUGGGAUUGUACACCAGAUUGACUUGCCUCUGCUCUUUCUCUUCUCGUGACCUUGCUUUGGUAAUCUUGUAGUAACCUUGAACGUAGUCUAUUGGCCUGCAACCCACAAUUUUAGUCUGGUUACUUAGCUAUUCACUCUGUUUAUGACGAAAAAACCUGGGAGUGGUAGUAAUGCCCAAUGUAGCCUUUUAACCAAUUAUCUAAGGUUGGAAUGGUGCACUUCUUUCUUCCAGGGAAACCUCCCCCUAUGCUUGAUGUAGGAGGUCCAGGUGAUGCAGCAAGUCCUGAAAAUAAAAAUGUGUCUAGUCCGGAGGGCCUGCAAAGUCCGGAUGGUAUGGCCUGCACAGACAGUCCACCCAGCCCCACCAGCCCCGAUAACGUCAUAACCGAUCCGACCCACCGCCAUGACAUCAUGACCAGCCCUGAUGACAUCAUCAUGACCAGUCCAGAGGCCAUCUUUAGGACCAGUCAUCCAGAGGUCAUCUAUGAUGACGUGCCCUGUGAGAGCCUCCUCUCUCCUCUGGACGGUGGGGACUCUGAUACAGUGGUGUUUGUGUGUGCAUGCAUGCAUGCAUGUUUGUGUGUGUGAUUUAAUGUCUCCCCUGUUGUUUCAGAUGACGUCUACGAGGACGUCCAGAGGCCAGAAAGCCAUCAUGGCACCAACAACGGCUGGAGUGACAGUGAGUUUGAGAGCUAUGAUGAGCAGUCAGACAGCGAGACCAAAAUACCCACCGUUGCCCGAAGCAGUAGUAAAGUAAGCCUCUUGUCUUGUAAACUCCACUCUGCUGCUUUUGCAAUGCCUAUAUUAUGUGUUGUAUUUGUUGCUCAGACCUUGAUGCUAUACAAUACUUGCUACAAUUAUUUAAUGACACCCAAGGAUGUCUGUUGAAUCAAUGUAGGCAUUGUGUCUGAUGCUAUGUAUUUUCCACAAGAUGGCAGUACUGUGUAGGCUCACAUACAGUGAGCUCCAAAAGUGUUGGGAAGGUGGGAAGGUUGGGAAGGUGACACAUUUCUGUUGUUGUUUUGGCUCUGUACUCCAGCACUUUGGAUUUGAAAUGGUACAAUGACUAUGAGGUUAAAGUGCAGACUGUCAGCUUUAAUUUGAGGGUAUUUCCAUCCAUACAAGGUGAAUCGUUUAGAAAUUACAGCACUUUCUGUUCGUAGUCUCCCCAUUUUAGGGGACCAAAAAUAUUGGGACAAAUUCUCUUAUGUGUAUUAAAGUAAUCAAAAGUUUAGUAUUUGGUCCCAUAUUCCUAGCAUGCAAUGAUUACAUCAAGCUUGUGACUCUACAAACUGUUUCAGAUUAUUUUGUGCCCAAUAGACAUUCAUGGUAAAUGUAUUAUGUCAUUUUGGAGUAACUUAUAUUGUAAAUAAGAAUAGAAUAUACACAAAUAUCAUACCCCCAAGACAUGCUAACCUCUCACCAUUACAAUAACAGGGGAGGUUAGCAUUUCUUGGGGGGUAUGAUAUUUGUGCAUCUGUAACUUUCUCACUCAUCAUUAUUCACGAUUCAUUCAGGACAAUCCGUAAUCAUGGUAGCAUCCACAUUAAUGUAGAAGUGUUUAGAAACAUAUGCUAUUCUUAUUUACACAAUACAUUAUUUACCAUUCAUUUCUAUUGGGCACAAAAUAAUCUGAAACACAACCAAAACAACAGCAAAUGCAUCCAACAAGUUUGUAGAGUCACAAGCUUGAUGUAAUCAUUGCGUGCUAGGAAUAUGGGACCAAAUACUAAACUGUUGACUACUUUAAUACACAUAUAAGUGAAUUUGUCCCAAUACUUUUGGUCCCAUAAAAUGGGGGGACUAGGUACAAAUAGUUAUGUCAUUUUUAAACGGUUCACCCGAUAUUGAUGAAAAUACCCUAAAAUUAAAGCUGACAGUCUGCACUUUAACAUCAUAGUCAUUGUAUCAUUUCAAAUCCAAAGUGCUGGAGUGCAGAGCCAAAACAACAACAAAUGUGUCACUGUCCCAAUAAUUUUGGAGCUCACUGGAUAUGAAUAGCACAUUAUGAAGUCAAAUGCACAUCACUUUUCAAUCCCAGAACGUAACCAAUAAAAGUAUUGGUUGUCGUAGAAUUUGAGUGUGCAUGCCCUACUUUACACUUGACUAUACAAAGGUACACUAUAUAUACAAAGGAAUGUGGACACCCCUUCAAAUUAGUGGAUUCGGCUAUUUCAGCCACACCCGUUGCUGACAGGUAUAUACAAUCGAGCACACAGCCAUGCAAUCUCCAUAGACAAACAUUGGCAGUAGAAUGGCCUUACUGAAGAGCUCAGUGACUUUCAACGUGGCUCCGUCAUAGGAUGCCACCUUUCAACAAGUCAGUUUGUCAAAUUUCUGCCCUGCUAGAGCUGCCCUGGUCAACUGUAAGUGCUGUUAUUGUGAAGUGGAAACGUCUAGGAGCAACAACGGCUCAGCCGCGAAGUGGUAGGCCACACAAGCUCACAGAAUGGGACCGCUGAGUGCUGAAGCACGUAGCGCGUAAAAAUCGUCUGUCCUCGGUUGCAACAUUCACUACCGAGUCCCAAACUGCCUCUGGAAGCAACGUCAGCACAAUAACUGUUCGUCGGGGGCUUCAUGAAAUGGGUUUCCAUGGUCGAUCAGCCGCACACAAGCCUAAGAUCACCAUGCGCAAUGUCAAGCGUCAGUGGUGUAAAGCUCGCUGCCAUUGGAUUCUGGAGCAGUGGAAACGUGUUCUCUGGAGUGAUGAAUCACGCUUCACCAUCUGGCAGUCCGACGGACUAAUCUGGGUUUGGCGGAUGCCAGGAGAACGCUACCUGCCCGAAUGAAUAGUGCCAACUGUCUGGGGCUGUUUUUCAUGGUUCGGGCUAGGCCCCUUAGUUCCAGUGAAGGGAAAUCUUAAUGCUACAGCAUACAGUACAAUGACAUUCUAGACGAUUCUGUGCUUCCAACUUUGUGGCAAAAGUUUGUGGAAGGCCCUUUCCUGUUUCAGCAUGACAAUGCCCCCGUGCACAAAGUGAGGUCCAUACAGAAAUGGCUUGUCGAGAUCAGUGUGGAAGAACUUGACUGGCUUUCACAGAGCCAUGACCUCAACCCCAUCUAACACCUUUGGGAUGAAUUGGAACGCCGACUGUGAGCCAGGCCUAAUCGCCCAACAUCAGUGCCUGACCUCACUAAUGCUCUUGUGGCUGAAUGGAAGCAAGUCCCCAUAGCAAUGUUCCAACACCUGCAUUUUACAUUUUAGUCAUUUAGCAGACGCUCUUAUCCAGAGCGACUUACAGUUAGUGAGUGCAUACAUCAUUUAUUUUUUAUUUUUUAUACUGGCCCCCCAUGGGAAUCGAACCCACAACCCUGGCGUUGCAGACACCAUGCUAUAUCAACUGAGCUACAUCCCUGCAGGCCAUUCCCUCCCCUACCCUGGACGACGCUGGGCCAAUUGUGCGCCGCUCCAUGGGUCUCCUGGUCGCGGCCGGCUACGACAGAGCCUGGAUUCGAACCAGGAUCUCAAGUGGCACAGCUAGCACUGCGAUGCAGUGCCUUAGACCACUGCGCCACUCGGGAAAGCCUUCUCAGAAGAGUGGAGGCUGUCAUAGCAGCAAAGGGGGGAACAACUUCAUAUUAAUGCCCAUGAUUUUGGAAUGAGAUGUUCGAUAAUGUAGUGUAUCCCUCUAUUACGCGUGGGAAUACUUUGGAAUUAAAAUCACUUGGAGCUGAUUUGCUUGUGUUUUUACAGUCUUAUGUUCAACAAUGUAUUAUUUUUUAAACUUGAGGGGCCAAAUAAAAUCACCCGAUGGCUGCCAGUUGGGGAACCCUAGAGUAUACCUAUAUACCUAUAGACAACAAUACAUGUGGAGGAACAUGGUGGAGUUUAGUUUGUUGGGUGGGGGGGUGUUGUCUAGUGCCCUCUCAUGGUGUGACUCCAGCAUACUUUUGUGUAUGAGGGUUUAUAUACUGAGGAGGAACUGUACACAGCUGGUUUAAAUGCACUGCUUUGUCCGCUGGGUGUGUGAGGAAGUGAUACACGUGUUUAGUAGUUAGUGGCUUUGUCAGCAGUCUCUCUUGGUUCCUCUUCUUCCUCUCUGGCUCUUCCCUGUCCAUCCACUCACUGCUGCUCCUCCCACUGCUGCUGCUAAAGUUUAUUUCUUCCCUGAGUCUGUGUUGAUUAAGAUCUGUUUUUGCGAAGAGGCAGGAGUAUGGUUCUUAUAAUAUGAGGUGUUGUUGAUAUGCUUGUAUGUUUUUUUCAAUAUAUAAAAAAAAUAAGGUUUAAUUGUAUAUUUGAAAUUAUAUUUUGUGUUUGUGUGGGUUAGGAGCAAGUGGAAAUGGUCUCUUUUUUUAAGGAAGGGCAACAAAAGUGUCUUGUCUUUGCUUGCUGAAUAAUAAUAAUAAUAUAAUAUAAUAUGCCAUUUAGCAGACGCUUUUAUCCAAAGCGACUUACAGUCAUGCGUGCAUACAUUUUUUUUUUGUGUAUGGGUGGUCCCGGGGAUCGAACCCACUACCUUGGCGUUACAAGCGCCGUGCUCUACCAGCUGAGCUAUUCAAAAGACAAUUCAACAAGUAGAACCAAUGUCUUUUUAUAAUGGCUAUCUAAGGAGAAUGACAAGAAGGUGUAUAUUUGAGAUUCUCUGUACUUUCUGAAACCAAUUAUUCUUCUACCUCCAAUUGACAUCAUUUUGUCAACCCUUUUCACAUCUUGUGAUUUCACUGGUUGCCUCUCUUGCUUUCGCCCUGACUAUCCUUCUCUUUCCUCUCUCUUUCCCUCAACUCUUCCGUCCGCUCACCUGAUCUGGUGUCCUGUCCUGUCCUUCCAACUUGCUUGUGGGGUCGGGGGUCAUUGGCAUGGCGAUGAACUUAGCUUUCUCAGGACAUGUGGCGACUGAAGGAGCGCUGUGCCAAGACCAAGCAGGAUCUGGCCAUGCGCAGCUGUGACUUCAAGGUACUGCAUCAUCGUUGUAGAGUACAGUAAAAGUACUGUUAGACAGCGACUGUGUCCCAUUUCUCUUAAAUGACUCCUUUACCUUAUCUUACCUGCCUUGACCGCUGGUAAGUGAAAUGACUAGUCUAUAUACUAGUCUAUAAUUGUAAUCUGGAUAGUUUGGGUAUCAAGUGGUCAGAAGGGAUAGGAGGCAACACAAAACGUUUUGGACACAGCCUCAGAGUUGCCUAGUUCUGGCUAAAGGCUGGUUGAUGUGGUCCCUUUAAAGGGGAAGCAUAACUCUGAGGUUUCUCCUCUCUUUCCUAACAUAUUUACAGAGCAUUACUUUCUCUCUCUCUCUCUCUCUCUCUCUCUCUCUCUCUCUCUCUCUCUCUCUCUCCUUCACUUCUCCUUCACUUCUCUUUCAGGUCCAGCUGCUGAUGAAAGCAGCGAGAAAUGGCACCAAGGACGGACUGGAAAAGACAAAGUUAGCUAUGAUGCGUAAAGUCUCUUUCCUGCAGAAAAAAGAAACCACGGGUAAGCAUUAUUUAUUAUUAUUAUUUACAGCUUCUUCUUUUUGAUUGAUGUCAGUUGUCAUAGCUCAUAUAUUGUGUCAUGUUUUUAGCAUCAUUGUUGUUGUCAAUAUCACUAGUCAAUGCUGCUACGUUAAACAAAUGUAGAAGUGAAAUGUCCCAGUUAUCAAAUACGUUUAUCAGAGAUUUAACAGCUCAUUGAUUCGGUUCUUGAGAUGGCUGUGGUAGGCACUGCGCUGUGAAUUCCAUCAUGAAGGUGUCAGACAACUACAGACAAGGAGACAAGGCGUGGGCUGGGUCAUAUUCAUUGGGCACCAAAUGGAAGAAAACGGACUGAAACAUACAGGGACAACCUUGACUUGUUCAAUAAGAAACACAGUUUUGUUUUCUAUUGCAAAACAUUUGCAUUCCCUAAUGAAUAGGACCCUGGGCUGGGGUGGGGUUACUCUAUAUCCUCAGGCCAUAUGAGAACAUGAGGAGAGCAGUAUUGGUAGACAGGCAAAUGAGUUUAAAGGUAUGUGUAUGUCACUGUCACCAUACAGAGGAGAGUGACGAUGAUGCUGGUUAUUUGGAUGUGACGGUGUCUGAAAUGAAGCACCCGCCACCCCAGCUGAGCCCUAUGCCAGAGGGGCUUACCACCCAACAGAUUAUUAGACGCCACAUCAUUGGUUCCAUCGUACAAAGUGAGAGGAGUUAUGUGGACUCUCUCAAGAGAAUCUUAGUGGUGAGUGACCUCCACUGUUAUUUUUUCAACACUUAAUGUGAACCAUACCCAGACAGUCUGAAGUCAUUUUGAUUCACUGACAUUAACUUCAGAGGUCUUCCUCCGGGUGGCUGGUUGCAGCCCCUACCCCCCUUAGCACUUGUGUAGAUCUGAACUGACUGGAUAGGUGUAAACACUGUGAUGAUGAGUCCACCUUAUCCAGCUAACCAGAUACCAGUGAGCAUCACUCUGAUUGGUUCUCCUCCUCGCUGCUCUCAGGAGUACCAGAAGCCCUUGCUUGAGCCAGAGGGCAGGAUCCUGAGCGAUAAGAAGGUCCGGCCCAUAUUCUACCGGUUGCGGGAGAUCCUGCAGUGCCACUCAAUGUUCCAGAUCGCCCUGGCAUCCCGCGUGGCCGAGUGGGACCUCAGCGAGAAGAUCGGAGACCUCUUUGUGGCCUCGGUCAGUAUGGAGGAUGGAUCUCAUUAGGGCACGCAACGGAAAUGAACACGGCCCUGUUGGAAUACUUUGAAAAUGUAUCCUUUCCUUUCAUGUAUCCUUCCACUAAUAUUACAUGACUGGAUGUUGUAUCCAUUUUUCUCUCCACAGUUUUCCAAGUCAAUGGUACUAGAUGUGUACAGCGAUUAUGUCAACAACUUCACCAACGCUAUGGCGCUCAUCAAGAAAGCCUGCAUUUCCAAGCCAGCUUUCCUGGAGUUUCUCAAGGUGGCUUACUCUCUCCUCUUUGAUCAUUCAGUUUACAAUGAAUUAGACUUCUUUCCUCUCCCAAGGCUGUAGAAUUGUUUGCUGAUACAGUAUAUCUAUCCGUAUGCAAUAAGUUCAAAGUUCGUCAUCUAUUUGCAUUCAAUGUUAUCUAGUAGCAUUUGGUGAAACGGUCAGUCAGAUUCUUCUCCAGACGGUUAAUUCUGAAUUUGAAUGUGAGAAUGUGUUUGACACCUCAAGGCUACCAUAUACUGUAGCAUCCUCUGUAGACUGUGAUACGACGUAAUUAACUCCCUGUUGACUUGGCCUCUAUGCUUGUGCCCCCACAGAAGAAGCAAGUGUCCAGUCCUGACAGAAUCACUCUUUAUGGCCUUAUGGUUAAACCAAUCCAGCGCUUCCCUCAGUUCAUCCUGCUGCUACAGGUUAGUACCAAGACACAGCAAAAACAAGCAUCUUAUAUUUUUGAAGAUACAUUUAUAAUACUUGUUGUUCAUGAUUUAUAUAAAUCUAUGCUAUAGGCUAUACACUAACGUGUACUCAUCGUUACUUAUAUUUUAGUUUAUGUGGUGAUUAGGUUUAAGUAUUCUGUACUAAGCUCCAUGGAACAAAGCAUGUGAGAGAAGAGGAACAAGGAAAACCCAAACUAUUUUAAAGCUUCUCAUAAACAUUUAUAUUUAGAAAAAGGCCUUAUUAUAGUGUGCUCUGCCAAGCGAAUCAGGUAGAAACCCAGACAGCUCUCUUAGGGGAAUCCUAUGACUUCAUUAUUACUGAGGAAGUCAGAAGGAGAGUGUUUGUAGUGAAAUGUGGCUCCCUAACUGAAGACUGUUUUCUCUCUCACACUCUCUCUCUGUCUCUCUGUCUGUCUGUCUCUCUGUCUGUCUGUCUGUCUGUCUGUCUGUCUGUCUGUCUGUCUGUCUGUCUGUCUGUCUGUCUGUCUGUCUGUCUGUCUGUCUGUCUGUCUGUCUGUCUGUCUGUCUGUCUGUCUGUCUGUCUGUCUGUCUGUCUGUCUGUCUGUCUGUCUGUCUGUCUGUCUGUCUGUCUGUCUGUCUGUCUGUCUGUCUGUCUGUCUGUGUGUCUGUGUGUCUGUGUGUCUGUGUGUCUGUCUGUGUGUGUGUGUGUGUGUGUGUCUCUCUCUCUCUGUCUGUCUGUCUCUCUCUCUCACACUCUCUCACACACACACUCUCUCUCCUUCUCCCCCCCACUCUUGCUCUCUCCCUCCUUCAGGACAUGCUGAAGAACACUCCCCGGGCCCACCCUGACCGCCUGCCCCUGCAGUUGGCCCUCACCGAGCUGGAGACGUUGGCCGAGAGGCUGAACGAGCAGAAACGAGUCGCUGACCAGGUCGCUGAAAUCCAGCAGCUGGCACGCAGCAUUGGUGACCGUCAACUGAGCAAGGUGACACAUAUACAGUGCCUUGCAAAAGUAUUCAUCCCACUUGGCGUUUUUCCUAUUUUGUUGCAUUGCAACCUGUAAUUUAAAUGGAUUUUAAUUUGGAUUUCAUGUAAUGGACAUACACAAAAUAGUCCAAAUUGGUGAAGUGAAAUGAAAAAAAUUACUUGUUUCAAAAAAUUCUACAAAAUAAGUAACGGAAAAGUGGUGCAUGCAUAUGUAUUCACCCCCUUUGCUAAGAAGUCCCUAAAUAAGAUCUGGUGCAAUCAAUUACCUUCAGAAGUCACAUAAUUUGUUAAAUAAAGUCCAUCUGUGUGCAAUCUAAGUGUCACAUGAUCUGUCACAUGAUCUCAGUGUAUAUAUACACCUGUUCUGAAAAGCCCAGAGUCUGCAACACCACUAAGCAAGGGGCACCACCAAGCAAGCGGCACCAUGAAGCCCAAGGAGCUCUCCAAACAGGUCAGGGACAAAGUUGUGGAGAAGUAUAGAUCAGGGUUGGGUUAUAAAAAAAUAUCAGAAACUUUGAACAUCCCACGGAGCACCAUUAAAUCCAUUAUAAAAAAAUUGAAAGAAUAUGGCACCACAACAAACCUGCCAAGAGAGGGCCGCCCACCAAAACUCACGGACCAGGCAAGGAGGGCAUUAAUCAGAGAGGCAACAAAGAGACCAAAGAUAACCCUGAAGGAGCUGCAAAGCUCCACAGCAGAGAUUGGAGUAUCUGUCCAUAGGACCACAAAAAAAAAAAGCCAUUGCUUAAAGAAAAAAAAUAAGCAAACACGUUUGGUGUUCGCCAAAAGGCAUGUGGGAGACUCCCCAAACAUAUGGAAGAAGGUACUCUGGUCAGAUGAGACUAAAAUUGAGCUUUUUGGCCAUCAAGGAAAACGCUAUGUCUGGUGCAAACCCAACACCUCUCAUCACCCUGAGAACACCGACAGGGACUGGGAAACUGGUCAGAAUUGAAGGAAUGAUGGAUGGCGCUAAAUACAGGGAAAUUCUUGAGGAUAACCUGUUUCAGUCUUCCAGAGAUUUCAGACUGGGACGGAGGUUCACCUUCCAGCAGGACAAUGACCAUAAGCAUACUGCUAAAGCAACACUUGAGUGGUUUAAGGUGAAACAUUUAAAUGUCUUGGAAAGGCCUAGUCAAAGCCCAGACCUCAAUCCAAUUGAGAAUCUGUGGUAUGACUUAAAGAUUGCUGUACACCAGUGGAACCCAUCCAACUUGAAGGAGCUGGAGCAGUUUUGCCUUGAAGAAUGGGAAAAAAUCCCAGUGGCUAGAUGUGCCAAGCUUAAAGAGGGGGGAGGGGGGUGAAUAUGUAUGCACUUGUCUUUUUUUUGGGUCUUAUUUCUUGUUUGUUUCACAAGAAAAAAGAAUUUGCAUCUUUAAAGUGGUAGGCAUGUUGUGUAAAUCAAAUGAUACAAACCCCCAAAAAAUCAAUUUUAAUUCAAGGUUGUAAGGCAGCAAAGUAGGAAAAAUUCCAAGGAGGGUGAAUACUUUCGCAAGCCACUGUACAUAUGCUAAAGACGCCACCAAUGAUUUCCGAUGUCUGUCUGUCUGUCUUUCUCGAAACUACAUGUAUUUUUUAAAGGUAAAUAAGAAAAACAAAUGUUUUAGUCAAUUCCAUUGUGUGUAAGUGUUAGUGAGGAAGUGUGUUGUGUGUGUGUGAUGUGGAUAGUGUGUGAUAUUUGUGUCCCCUCUAUAGCUCUUGAACUCAGACCAGAGGCAGCUGAUACUGUGUGAGGUGCUGAUUGAGACGGUGUACGGGGAGAAAGGACAGGUCCUUAAGUCCAAGGAGCGCAAAAUCUUCCUGCUGAACGACACCCUCAUCUGUGCAAACAUCAACGUCAAGUGAGUCAGCACUACGGAUGAGACAUACUUUCUAAUGCAGAGGAGACUGGUGGGAGGAGCUAAAGGAGGAAGGGCUGAAAUUGAAUUAAUGGAACGGUAUCAAACACAUCAAACAUAUGGAAACCACAUGUUUGACUCCGUUCUAUUUAUUCCAUUCCAGCCAUUACAAUGAGCCUGUCCUCCUAUAGAUCCUCCUACCAGCCUCCACUGAUCUAAUGUUGUGUUGUCGAAUGACAACCACACUGUGUAUUAAUGUCGACCAACUCUCUUUUUCUCCAUCUUGUCCAACACGACUAUUGUAGAUAUGAGAAUUACGGCAUUGAUAAUGUCGUAAAUGAACAAAGGUAAAGUUUUCCCCAAAAUGUAUUACAACUUUGCGCUUCAAAACCUGUUUUGAUCAGAGAGCCUGAUAAAUUAUUUGUUGCACUCUACUUGAUUCGGUUCAUGCCUCAUGCCAACUUUGCCCUCAACUUACACAUUUCCAGAGGAACGGAUCACAAUUCUUCUCAUGCACAAUUAUGGGGAUUGAUGAUUAGCAAUGUGCCCUGAAAAUCAGUAGGGGGUCCUGGUGUUUGGAGAAGGAUUCAACUGAUCAGAUGGACUGUAAUUGCAUGAUGUAUUCCUUGACCUCCUUUCAUGUUGUUGAUUCAAAGAGCACUGACACAUUUACAGGAUUUCUCAAUUGCUGUUAGGAUUGUGUUAUCUCUUACAUUCAAAGUUUGUUCACGAAAAUGAUGCACGCAUCGAUGAGGCAGAAGCCCGUGUGACAGUGUGAAGAUUCUGAACGGUCAGAUAGCUAGCAACAAUGACAUGAAUCACAGGUGGCUCGUUUCAGCUCGAUGUAUCUUGUUAUUGAUACCAUGUUAUGUUUUGAGGUGUUUUGACUCAUGUCAUGUCUAUGCUAAUAUGGCAAAACAUUUGAUAGCUAACUAACCAACAACUGUAACGAUGUAUUUGUGAGACAACCAGUGCUCAAGAGUUGUAUUUAUGUUUUCCAAAAAACAUUUGGAGACUAAACAUAGUUUACAUGUUGUCAACAAUCUAAGCCAACCCUUUCCGUUUUGCCCCAUAGUUGCACACGCAUUAGUUUUGUUGCUAAACAACCAACCGGUCUAUAGUUCAGGCCCAUAGAGAUGGAAAAAGAGAGGACAAUAUCUUUGCAAUGAUGGCUUCUUUGACAGCAUGGGAGGCACUAUUGAGAACAAGCUUUGGGAACAUCUCUAUGAUCAGGCCAGUGAAAUGUGUCCCUAUUUCUUCCACUAGGGGUCCCCCUGAAAUCAGCAGCCUAGUUCCCAUUGGUCCUAAAUACACGGUGAAGUGGAGUGCCCCCUUGCUGCAGAUGCAGGUAGUGGAGGUGGGACAGGAGAGCUUCCAGAGCAAAGAUACAGGGAAACGGCUAAACGUUGCAAAUGUUCCAGGUAAGAACACACAUUCAAUUCAGUUCAAUAACAAUGUUUUAUGCAUUGUACACGUUCACAUUCAAGACAAAAUACUAUUGUAAGCUAUGAAAAAGCAACUCAUGCCAGCCUGUCAGCAAUCUGGGUAUGAGUUCAAAGUGUGUCUCUACGGGCACCUGCUUGGGGAGAACUGACUAGUUUUGAAAUCUCUAAAGGCUUCAGUGCCCUAAUUGAGUGAUAAAAGAGGCUGCAUGUAACCCUCUGGGAGUAGUUCAGAUGUUGUCCCUCAAGUCUAAUUUCUGAGAUAAACAUCCCUGUAUUAUUUUGAGGUUCAGUCUCAUUUGGAGUUAACUUACUGUUGAUGACAAGUGGAAGUGUUUUGGUGGAGAAACCCAGCAGAACAUUUCCAACUCUUGAAAUGCCAGAGAAUGAUGGUGACAGGGACAGUGACAAGGAUAUCCUGUCUAUCUUAUCCACAAAGAGCAGUAGUAGGAGCCGUCUUUUUCUACAGCCACCUGAUUCAACUGAUCCACUAAUCACAGUCCACUCCUCAAGAAAGAUCAUUAGUUGAAUCAGAUGUAUUACUGAGAAAGCCUUCAACCACAACAGACCUUUGUAAAUAAGAUUGGACAUGCCUGCUUUGAGAGGAGUAAGAGUAGGAUGAGAUAGAGGAUGAUGAUGGUGAUGGUGGUGAUGAUCACACUGUGUGUGCCAGGUAAAGUGUUCCUGGGCCCUCCCAGACUGUACCAGGAGCUGGAGGAGCUACAACACGACCUGUCUGUGGUUGAAAACAUCACCCUGCUGGUGGGGACUUUACAAGGCACCUACCAGGUUAGACACACACACACACACACACACACACACUCACGCACACACACACCUACGUUUUCUUUUCAACACUGUUUAUUGGACAGACAGCAUCACCUUGACAGUUUAUCAUGUGAUACCAUCCCUCUACCACCCUCUUUCUGUUUUUCUCCAGAACCUGAACACAACAGUAGGGCAGGACUGGUGCCUAGCACUGCAGAGGCUCAUCCACAUCAAAGAGGAACAGAUCCAGUGUGCCAACAAGUGCCGGCUGCGGCUGGCUGUGCCAGGCAAGCCUGACAAGUGAGUGCCCAGGGGCCCAAAGAAGUGUGUCUGUGUGUGUGUCUGUCUGUGUGUGUGGGGGGGGGGUUUGUGUGUGUGUGUAGGUAGGUGGUAAGCAGAUGGCAGGGCAGCUUGGAGUGGGUGGCAAGGCCUGGCACAUUCUUAAUCCUCUACUGCCAAGCUGUGAAUGGAACUCUCUCAGCUCUAGUCUAUUCCUACAGCCUGUUAUUUAAUGCCAAAAUAGGCAGUUAGAGCUUACACGUUUAUUAAUGUUUCUGAUAGAAACUCAAUCUCUACUAAAGCAAUUCAAGGUCAAGCAUUAGCAAAUAUAUCCACUAGCCCAUAGCCCUAGAAAGCAGGGACAUGGCUAGAACAGGGAGAGCUGGAAUGUAGUCUGGAUGUUCAUAAAGUCCCUCUCCAUUCCCAUCCACACCAUCCUUACUUGUGAUUGUCUGUUUAUGUGUGUAUGCAUGCACGUGUGUUACAUGAUGUUAAUGCAUGUAUUUUGUUACUCCUUAGAUCUGGACGACCAGUCAGUUUCAUGGUGGUUUUCAACACCCCCAGUCCCCUCAGCAAGAUCUCCUGGGUCAACCGCCUGCACCUCGCCAAGAUAGCCAAGAGUGAGUCGAGCUCUCCAACGAUGCUAUUUAACAUUAUAGCAAGCCUAGCUUAGCUUUGGACUCCUAACACAGACCUAAUACAUUUUGUAGCUUUUUGGCAUAUUGGUCAUCAUUUGCCCACUGGGAUAGGAUGUUGCAGAGGUGUACAACUAAACAUAUCACUGUUGACACAGGGGAAGAGAACACGCCAGGCUGGGUGUGUGCAGAGGAUGAUGGGAAGACUAGACCUCCAUUCUGGUGUCCCCUGCUAGCCUGCCGACUUCCCAUCUUCUCCUCCAAAACACAAGACCAAAAGGUAAGCAGCUACAGCUGUGAGGAAGCUCAGUGGUAGAGUGGACCUAUUUUGACAGCCAAUCAAAGCCAUGUAAGAGAGGAUGAAAGCUAUUAUAGACAGCAGAAAGAUAUGUUUUAUGUUUGUUUUUUAUGGUGCUCAAAGAACUGAAGUAGAGGUGCUACCUUAAUGAUGCAGUUUAAAUGAAGAAGAGCGUUUUGGGGUAGAUUUCGGGGGAAAGUAGAGAUAAAAAUCAAGUUUGAGAUGUGGGGAAAAUAUCAUCAUUACCACAAAGAGUUCCUCUGAAGGUAUUUGAUACAAUGCUGGAUUUGCUGUCGAACGGAGAGCAGGGGCAAGAAGUAGCAGGCGUUGGCUUGAACCAACAGGGGAAUCAGAACACCAUCAAAUAAUUGGCACUCAAGGAAGUGUGACUGGGGUUUCUUUGUGUGUCUCAGGCUAUGAUUAGCAGCUUAUGCUAUAGUCCCAUCUCAUUCAUUGCCAAUCUCUCUUACUUCUCCUGGCAUCUGAGCUGAACAAAGCAGCCAAACUGACUGAUGAGAUUAUGGAAGCUGUUUGAUAAAGAAAAUUGAAUCCUUCACUCGCAUGAUGAGAACAUCAGUCCUUGCUCAUCUAAGGGACCACUAAAUUACCAUUGCAACGACCGACACUUGAUUGUAUUUCAAGACUGCUGAGUUGAGUUCAUCUAUAUUAUCAUUGGUAUGAUGAUAUGAAGUCUUGGUCUCGUCUGCGCAUUUCCCCCCGGCACAUUUCUGUUACUCAGAGAAAAAAAUCAGCAACAUAACUCAAAGUAGUAUUUCGAGUUGUUACAAAAGAAGCCAUUAUUGAGCAAAAAGCAGGUAUGUUGAGAUGAAAGGUGUAAUGUUAUGCCAUGCUAACACACCACCUUAGUUUGCCUGGCAAGGUUAAAGAAACAAAUGUUGUUGAAGAGGAUAUGAAAUAUGCACUGUUGGCACCUUGAAUGUGCCAAACUAACUCAUUAUAAUAGAAUAAUGCAGUUGUAGUUGAAAGGAAACCUUCUGUAAAAUAAAAGUGCGCCUGUGCGUGUGUGUGUGGCCACUGUGCUUAUACAUCUGCAUGGCUUGCUCUUUUGGGUUUUACACUGGGGUUCUGUAUAGCACUUUGUGACAACUGCUGAUGUAAAAAGGGCUUUAUAAAAUACAUUUGAUUGAUUAUUGAACACACACACUGCCGACACCGUAUCAACAUACUCAACCGCUGGUUUUACUCUCCCUUUAAAAUAAGUGAAUCUGCUUCAGUUUCCCCUCUUUCAUUUUACGUCAUUUAGCAGACGCUCUUAUCCAGAGCAACUUACAGUUAGUGAGUGCAUACCUAAUUUAUUUAUACUGGCCCCCCAUGGGAAUCAAACCCACAACCCUGGCGUUGCAAACGCCAUGCUCUACCAACUGAGCUAUCUCCCUGCCAGCCAUACCCUCCCCUACCUUGGACGACGCUGGGCCAAUUGUGCGGCGCCCCAUGGGUCUCCCGGUCGCGGCCGGCUACGACAGAGCCUGGAUUCGAACCAGGAUCUCUAGUGGCACAGCUAGCAAUGCAGUGCCUUAGACCACUGCGCCACUCGGGAGACACUUUCAUAUUCUCUGUCUUGGGAUAGAGGAGAGAUCAAAGGGUAAGCGCCUUAUUUCUGGGGACUCGGCUGAGGCCAUUGACUCCUGAAGAUAAACCAUAAAGCGAGGAAAAUGCUAGAUGCUAUUCCAAGUAAUCUUUCCAAGUUGAAAUUGAAAGACUAACUGCUGGUUUCUCUAAACUAAACCCCCCCCCUGGACUCUCCGGAUAGGCUCUAACACAAAUAUGCCUGCAUAAAUUACAAGUAAACAGUAAAUCACAGACCAGCCUGUGUGCAAAAUGGUAAUCUAUUCCCCCUGUGCGGGCAUUUUGGACUCAACCCAGUGUUCUUUUCUGGAAGGGUAUCCACACUCUCUCCAUUCCUCUGCUGUUAUAUCCCGUUCAUAGAGAGAAUUUAGCUAUAAUAUACAAUAUAUUGCCUAUAAUACCGAAUACAUAUACACUGAGUGUACAAAACAUUAAAUCCACUUCAAUCAGUGUAAAUGAAGGAGAGAAGACAAGUUAAAGAAGGAUUUUUAAGCCUUGAGACAAUUGAGACAUGGAUUGUGUAUGUGUGCCAUUCAGAGGGUGAAUGGGCAACAUAAAAUAUUGACGUACCUUUGAACGGGGUAUGGUAGUAGGUGCCAGGCGCACCGGUUUGAGUGUGUCAAGAACUGCAACGCUGCUGGGUUUUUCAUGCUCAACAGUUUCCCGUGUGUAUCAAGAAUGGUCCACCACCCAAAGGACAUCCAGCCAACUUGACACAACUGUGGGACGCACUGGAGUCAACAUCGGCCAGUAUCCCUGUGGAACGCUUUCGACACUUUGUAAUGUCCAUGCCCUGAUGAAUUGAGGCUGUUCUGAAGGCAAAAGGGGGUGCAACUCAAUAUUAAGAAGGUGUUCCUAAUGUCUGGGACACUGUGUAUCUAUAUACAGUACAGUGAGGGAAAAAAGUAUUUGAUCCCCUGCUGAUUUUGUACGUUUGCCCACUGACAAAGAAAUGAUCAGUCUAUAAUUUUAAUGGUAGGUUUAUUUGAACAGUGAGAGACAGAAUAACAACAAAAAAAUCCAGAAAAACGCAUGUGAAAAAUGUUAUAAAUUGAUUUGCAUUUUAAUGAGGGAAAUAAGUAUUUGACCCCCUCUCAAUCAAAAAGAUUUCUGGCUCCCAGGUGUCUUUUAUACAGGUAACGAGCUGAGAUUAGGAGCACACUCUUAAAGGGAGUGCUCCUAAUCUCAGCUUGUUACCUGUAUAAAAGACACCUGUCCACAGAAGCAAUCAAUCAAUCAGAUUCCAAACUCUCCACCAUGGCCAAGACCAAAGAGCUCUCCAAGGAUAUCAGGGACAAGAUUGUAGACCUACACAAGGCUGGAAUGGGCUACAAGACCAUCGCCAAGCAGCUUGGUGAGAAGGUGACAACAGUUGGUCCGAUUAUUCACAAAUGGAAGAAGCACAAAGAACUGUCAAUCUCCCUCGGCCUGGGGCUCCAUGCAAGAUCUCACCUCGUGGAGUUGCAAUGAUCAUGAGAACGGUGAGGAAUCAGCCCAGAACUACACGGGAGGAUCUUGUCAAUGAUCUCAAGGCAGCUGGGACCAUAGUCACCAAGAAAACAAUUGGUAACACACUACGUCGUGAAGGACUGAAAUCCUGCAGCGCCCGCAAGGUCCCCCUGCUCAAGAAAGCACAUAUACAGGCCCGUCUGAAGUUUGCCAAUGAACAUCUGAAUGAUUCAGAGGAGAACUGGGUGAAAGUGUUGUGGUCAGAUGAGACCAAAAUGGAGCUCUUUGGCAUCAACUCAACUCGCCGUGUUUGGAGGAGGAGGAAUGCUGCCUAUGACCCCAAGAACACCAUCCCCACCGUCAAACAUGGAGGUGGAAACAUUAUGCUUUGGGGGUGUUUUUCUGCUAAGGGGACAGGACAACUUCACCGCAUCAAAGGGACGAUGGACGGGGCCAUGUACCAUCAAAUCUUGGGUGAGAACCUCCUUCCCUCAGCCAGGGCAUUGAAAAUGGGUCGUGGAUGGGUAUUCCAGCAUGACAAUGACCCAAAACACACGGCCAAGGCAACAAAGGAGUGGCUCAAGAAGAAGCACAUUAAGGUCCUGGAGUGGCCUAGCCAGUCUCCAGACCUUAAUCCCAUAGAAAAUCUGUGGAGGGAGCUGAAGGUUCGAGUUGCCAAACGUCAGCCUCGAAACCUUAAUGACUUGGAGAAGAUCUGCAAAGAGGAGUGAGCCAAAAUCCCUCCUGAGAUGUGUGCAAACCUGGUGGCCAACUACAAGAAACGUCUGACCUCUGUGAUUGCCAACAAGGGUUUUGCCACCAAGUACUAAGUCAUGUUUUGCAGAGGGGUCAAAUACUUAUUUCCCUCAUUAAAAUGCAAAUCAAUUUAUAACAUUUUUGACAUGCGUUUUUCUGGAUUUUGUUGUUGUUAUUCUGUCUCUCACUGUUCAAAUAAACCUACCAUUAAAAUUAUAGACUGAUCAUGUCUUUGUCAGUGGGCAAACGUACAAAAUCAGCAGGGGAUCAAAAACUUUUUUCCCUCACUGUAACUGAGUAUAGUAGGUCUGUGGGUAAAACUGAGCUUUUGUUGUGUUGUGUCUGUAGCUGUUGACGGCCCUUCACAACCCGGUCCAGUGUGCCCUGCUGGCGUUCUCUGCAGCCAGCACCUCUCUGCCGCAGGGCUACCUUUGGGUGAGUACUGCAAACUGUGGUUGAGUUGUGGUUGGGAUGAAGUGUUGCAAGGUGGUCCAAUUAACUAUAAUGGUUUUCAUGUGAUGAGUAUCCUAAGCCUAGGCUUUAGCUCUUUUGCUCAGAGGGCUGAUGCGAUCUAGAGUCACGUAGUAGAUCUGUGUUCAAAAGCUGGUCGGCCCCAUUAACAUCCUGUAUCUGUCAUGACCAGGUGGCCAGUGGAGGUGACCGCAACCACGGUCAAGUGGAAAUCUUCUCUCUGAACCGCUCCACGCCGCGCACGGUCAAGUCCAUCCAGCUGGGGGUGCCAGUCCUGUGUCUGGACCACGUGAUGGAGCCCUGUCCCACCGACGAGGAAGAGGAGGGGGAGGCUGCUGUCAAGAGCACAGCCAGGACUGGAAACACCAUCUGUGUAGGCCUGCAGGAUGGCAAGUGAGUCUUCGGGUGUGCUGUAGUACAAACAAACACUGCAAAAUGAGUUUACACAAUAUGCUGACACCCAUGUGUUUAUUGAACAUGGCAGAAUUUUUCAUGCUGCACCUUUUGGAUUUGGUUAUCGACUAUUCUCCAUCAAGGAACCAACAAAUCAGAAAAAAGUGACAGACAUUUACCAUUCAGUUCAUUGUGACUUUUGUAUUGUCCAUAGCAAUGCUAGCAGAAACCGGAACGUAUCAGCCCGAGUGGCCACACACAACUCUAUCAGUAGAAUUCAAGUUGGCUCAUGUUAUUGUCAAAUACCUAGUAAAGGUCACCCUAUUUCUCAUGAACUCCAUUUCCCAGCAUUCUUGUGUACGGUAGCGUGGACACUUCGGCCCAAUGCCUGCUGACCUUCUCCAAACCCAGACAGUUGUCCAGUUCUGUGCCUGAAACACUCUGCCUCCUUCCUGUUCGCUGGGCUGGGGAAUGGAAAAGUGUCUGUUUACUCUCGGAAGAGUGGAGGUGAGACCGCAAUCCAACUGUAUAAUAUCAUAUCCUGACAUUUCCUUGUAUAAUCAAGGUAUUCCAUUACAAGUUACAAGACAACGUUAAGAUUAACAUACUAUAGGUCUAUAGGUUUAUAGGUCUGCCUCUCUGUCUGCUGUUGUACCACUACACCCUCCUGGACAAUGCUCUCAUAGACUUAAAUAGAACAACAGGAUAUCAUGUUUCUCUAUGGUGUUCUCAAUAAUCUACCUGAUUAAGUCAAUGUGAUGGAUAAAUAAGUAACCAUCAGUAACACUGACCAUUUUCUCUUGUGUCCAGAGGGGCUGUGGGACCCUGAGUCGUGCAGGCUGGUGACUGUGGGCAGUGGCCCCAUCCGCACCCUCCUAACCCUAGAGAAUGCUGUGUGGGCCAGCUGUGCCAACCACGUCACCGUCAUUCAGGGCUCCAACCUCCACACCCAGGUGGGCAAAACACACCCUUCUAUACACCCUCAUUUACACAGGGCUGAAGGAAUGAGGAAGAGAAGAGAGCGAGGGACUAUAUGACAUGAAAAGGAUUGGAUAGGUGUAAUAUGAUACUGUAGCUAGUAUGAAGAGGACACAUUGACAACCUCUUUCCUCUCUCUCUCUCUUGAUGAUAACACCUCUUUCACACUCACUCACUCACUCUCCCCCCUCUCUCUCUCCCCCUCUUAAAGAGUUUUGACGCGCAUCCGGAGCCCGCGGUCAGUGUGAGUCACAUGGUGCGGGCGGGGGGAGGGGUGUGGAUGGCCUUCUCCGAGGGCUCAUCCAUCCGCCUGUUCCACACGGAGACACUGGAGCACCUGCAGGAGAUCAACAUCUCCACGCGCUCCACCUUCCUCAGCCCAGGCAAGUACAGUGUAGAAGGUCACAGGUCACCAACUACUUGUUUCACUUACAUGAUUCAAAACCAGCCCCUAGACACUUGUGUAGGUCUAAAAGGAUUGGAACAGGUAUGAGCAAUCUGUUAUUAGCUCCACAUUGCCCUAUGUAAGGCUAGGUGGAAUUUAAACCCUAGUGAUAAUCUAUGAAAUUAUUUCAGAUAUACAGAAGAGGCUAAGGCAUAGAGGCUAGGGAUGGAUCAUAAAUGUGGAAGUGGGCAGGUGUAACGUUGACAUGAAAAGGAGGAAGUGACAGAAUGGUGGUUGUGUGUCUCUUCCAGGGCAGCAGGGCAGCGUCCGGGUCACCAGCCUACUCAUCUGCCAGGGGCUACUGUGGGUGGGCACUGCCCAGGGCAUCAUCGUCACCCUGCCCGUGCCCAAACUGGAGGGAAUCCCCAAAAUAACAGGUCAGGCUUGGCACAGACACAACCAACGUUUGCACAUGAAAGCUGGCAUCAGGUUGCAUCAGGUUACUCCCAUUGCAUUGGUGUGACUGGCUGUAUUAUGUAUUAUAAUUGUCUAAUAAAACCAAUGAAUCAACCCACCAAUCAACCAAUCAAGCUGUGUGUUUUCUAACCGAGGCCGUGUGUGCUAUUUGUCCCACAGGUAAAGGGAUGACAUCUCUAAACGCUCACUGUGGCCCUGUGGAUUUCCUUGUGGUCACCUCCAGCACCCUGUCCCCAGACAUGCUCAAACGGGACUCGUUUUGCGACACUGCCGACCAGGCCAAUGGGGGAGCGGGAGGAGGAGGAGAGGGUGGGGAGCGGAGGAAUGAAUUGUCCCAGGAGUCACUCUCACAACCGGACUGCUCCUCCCCCCAAGGAGAGCCCACAAAGGCCAAAGGAAUGCUGCUUCAGUAUCGCCUCCGCUCCACCACUCAGCUGCCCGGCAAGCUGCUGACAGCCGAACCUGACCAAAGCCCCUGCGACGCCCCACCGGAGACCCCGGAGCACAGCCCUGAGGACGGCUCCAUCUACGAGCUGAGCGAGGACCCUGAGAUAUGGGUGCGGGGGCAGCCCCCGGCCAGGGAGGGGCGCGGGAAGGACAAGGUGACAUCGGCUGCCGUCUUCUCCGGAGGCAGAGGGUUCCGUCGACUUGGGGAGGAGACUACAGCAGCCAAUGGGGACCCAGAUGAAAGUACGCUCAUGGUUUGGCAACUCCCACUAACAGUGAGCCCAUGAGGAUACAAGGCUGAUUGGACGAGACGAGAGCUGGCUCCGCAGGCUCCUCCCACUCGCCUGAUGUAUUGCGUGCUCUAUGAAGAAGAGACACUAUUAAACAAUAUAUUUUCAGGAUGAUAGACUACACUGUUUCAGGAAGGGCUAUAGAGUAUGGUACAUUCCUCUACCACCUUGAUGGUUGGAUUUGGGAGUAGUGGUGUGCUGCAAACUGUGUCUGACGUGUUUCAGGUCCUGGGGCCAUGUCCUAGUCCCAACUGAGAAAGCUCUAAACUCUCACACGCACUCCUCCCAGCAGAUGCUGCUUCAGUCUGGCAGAUCUAGACCAGGGGGUCUCGUCAAAUGGAAUUUGAGGAGGCUCACUCAACAUGAUUUUGCAUUUUGCACGUUCUUAAAAAAAGUAUAAUUGCCAAGUGAUUGAAAAGUGACAGUUACGAACGUUAGAUUUCGAUUGUUUUGUUGUCACUCUAAUUGACUCCUAUUGCCAGUGUAUCAAGUGUGUUGCUAACACAGAACAUGACAGCUAAUGUUAAUGUUAGGGUGUAUGGUAGCAUGUUUAUGAAGUACUUAUAAACUCUUUACAACCCCCCUUAAAGGGUACCUUUAAAGUGUUACCAGUUAACUUAAUGUAUAGUAGAGAUACAGUACACUGACAGGUAUCCCGCUUUUGGGAAAAAGAGAAAUCUACAUAUAACAUUUUUCAUAAAUCAACUUGAUGAUCAACAUACCGUGUAAUAAUAUAUUGUCCUGUCUUUCUGUGAGAAUGUUGUCUAAUGUCCUGUUUUCCAAACAAUGUGAAGAAGAAACAGCACCAAGGGAAAGAAUGUAUCAGCUACUGUAUGCUUGACAGGUACUUCUUUUUCACAGUGUGUUUACACUGUGUUAUUGGAAUAAAGAGAUCAUGGUCUGAUACAAGCUCUUUUGCUGAUUUUUGCAAACUCAGUGAAUGACUUUGGGGAGGCCGUUGAGAUACAAGCUAACAGACUGUUAUUAUCUUGGACACAGAGGGGGACAUUUUUAUUACAUGGGAAAUAUAAGGAAUUGUCCAAAUUAUAUACAGUAUUUCCAAACAAA